AUGCAAUUCACGUUGGAAGUUAAAGAUUCUGAUCUACUACCACCAUAUUCAGAUAAAGUUAUACUACCUCAACAUAUUUUAUCAUCAAUUAUAAAUGAAAUAUCUGAAACAGAUCUACCUCAUCCAUUAAUUUUUAAAAUCACAAAUACACAAGAUAUAUCAAUUUAUACAUUUAUUGGAGUUAAAGAAUUUACAAGUGAAGAUGAAGUAAUAAUACUACCGAAAUAUAUAUCGACUAAACUUCGAAAACCAACACAAAUAACAAUAGAAUUACUAAAACAUAUCCCAAAAUCAAAUUCAUUAAAAUUAAAACAAAAGAAUUUUUAUGCAAAUAUUAGUAAUUGGAAAUUCUUUUUGGAGAAUAAAUUAAAUCAAUAUUAUACUUUAUUAAUCAAAGAUGAUGAUUUGAUUUUAGAAGUUGAUGGAUUGAGAUAUGAAUUAGAAGUUGAGGAAAUUAAUGAUAAUAAAAAUUUAAAAGUUGCAAGUAUAAUUGAUACUGAUGUUGUUUUAGAUAUUGUACCGUAUAAUGAUGAACACGCAAAAUCUCAAUUAGAUUAUUUGAAUCAUCAACAAAAUAUUCAAGAAAUCAAAGUUGGAGAAGAAGUUUCUGUGAUUGGGUUAAAAUCAAUAUUGAAUGGCGGAUUUGUACCAAUUAUGUAUAAAAUAGACAUUACAAAAGUGGGAGCACUAAAAAUUGAGCUAGAAGGUGAGGCAGAUUUUAUAAUUGGUAUGGAUAAAUUUUUGGCUGUUGAUAGUUUUGCAUUUUCGACUAUGGAUAAAGAAUCAUCGGCAGUAGAAUUGGACUUGAAUCAAGAUUUGUUUAAGAAUAAAUUGAUAAAAUAUAAUGAUAUUAAAGAGUUAGAAGGUGAUGAAGAUAAUGAUGAAAAAUAUAUAUAUCUUGUUGCAUUUACAUGGGAAAAAGAAGAAGAUGUCAAAAUUAAAAUCACUGAUAAAAUCUUGAAAGAAGUUGAAUAUCCUGGUGGUACAACAACUCAAUGUCCAAAUUGUUUGAAACAAAUAUCAUCUGAUAAAAUCAUACUACAUGAAAGUUUUUGCAAAAGAAAUAACGUUAGAUGUUUGAGAUGUGACUCCAUUUUCCAUAAAUCUAUACCAGAAAGUCAUUGGCAUUGUGAUAAAUGUGAUGGAUAUGGUAAUUCACAAAUUUCUCAAUUUAAACAUAUAAAACUAUAUCAUUCUCCACAACAAUACAUUUGUUGUAACACUCAAUUUCAAAAUUUUUUCCAAUUAGCAAAUCAUAAAUCAACUGAAUGUCCACAAAAAUUGCAUCAAUGUAGAUUUUGUCACUUGAUUGUACCACAAGAAACAGCAACUUAUCAAGAUAAGUUUGAAAAUUUAACUCAUCAUGAGAAUUUAUGUGGUAAUAAGACAACAGAAUGUUUUAAAUGUAAUAAAAUAAUAAGAGUUAAAGAUUUUCCCAAGCACCUCAAAUUUCAUGAAUUUGGAAAAAUCCAAUACAAUAAUGAUUUGAAUUUCUCGAGUUGCACUAAUUUGAAUUGUAUUAACGAAUCACUGGAAAACGAUUUGGGGUUAUGUGAUAUUUGUUUUGGUCCAUUAUAUAUUAACCAACAUGAUCCAAAUAAUUUAAAACUUCAAAUUAGAAUUGAAAGAAGGUAUAUGAUUCAAUUAAGUAAAGGAUGUGGUAACCAAUGGUGUAAUAAUGAAUAUUGCAAAACUGGAAAUCAACAAAUAAGUGCCAACACAAUCAAAGAUAAUUUACAAUUAAUAAAUGAAAAAUUAUUCAAAAAUAUUUAUAAACCAGUAUUACCAAUAAAUUUGAAACUUGAACAUCAUAAAGGUAUUAAUAAGUUAUGGUUUUGUGUGAAUGAAUCAACAUCAAAUAAGAAAAUACUAUUUGAUUUAAUCAAUUCAGAAAAUGAAUACGAUAAAGAAAUAAUUCUAAAAAGUAUAAAAUCAAAUUCUGAUGAAGAUAAAAUAAGACAAUGGUUGAAUGAUAAUGGUAUUAAAAAGAAGUAA